CAAUAAACUUUCACCCACCACUUACAUACACACAGUACAGUAGCACACACACUAAUUUGUGCUUGAUCAAAAAUGGACACGUGCCACACCACAAUCUACAUUUAUUUAAUGAUAGCAGCAUCUGUAUCUCCAUCAGAAGGUGAUGCUUUGGAGAUUUUUCCAGCACAAAUUUUUGGACCCUCCACAGCAAAAGUUGGUGAAAAUUUAGAGUUAAAGUGUCUCAUCUCUAACAUUCAGAGCUCAAAUACAGAAAUUCACAUGUAUUUGUGUAAAAAUGGUGUUGGAGAGAGAUUAGAACUACUUGUAAAUAAAGAUGAGCACACCUUCACUUUGAGGAAUAUUUCAUUACGGGACUCUGGGACCUACAGUUGCGUGUACUCAUUUACAAAAUAUCUUCCAGAGAAUGUCACAGGAUCAGGAAUGAAUUCAAUCCAUGUCCGAGUCACUGGUGAUGCGUUGAAGAUUUUUCCAGCGCAAAUUUUUGGACCCUCCACAGCAAAAGUUGGGGAAAAUGUAGCAUUAACAUGCAGCAUCUCUAACAUUCAGAGCUCAAAUACACAUGUUCACAUGUAUUUGGUUAAAAAUGGUGUUGGAGAGAGAUUAGAACCACUUGGAAAUAAAAAUGAGCACACCUUCACUUUGAGGAAUAUUUCAUUACUGGACUCUGGGACCUACAGUUGCGUGUACUCAUUUACAAAAUAUCAUCCAAAAAACAUCACAGGAUCAGGAAUGAAUUCAAUCCAUGUCCGAGUCACUGGAGACGAAAAGUCAACGGUGCCAACAGAUCCUGUGAAAAAUGCGGUGGUUUCUCUUGCCACUCUUCUCCUGGUUGGGGUCGUCUUUAUCGAAAUGUAUCGCUACAGAAGAAUAAUACAUGACAAGUUGUGUCAAAACCAAGGACAGAGCAGUGAACCUGCAAAUAUGAAUAACAGUCAAGGUUUAGGGCAAGUAAACCAGACAGUGAACAGGAAUGAAUUUUACAGUGACAUGGGGGAAUACGCCACAAUUCCUGAAGUAGGAGGGAACAUUAGACCACUCGCUGCUCAUGAUUCUGCGAACAUGGUGGUCUACACUCUUGCUGUACCCUCUGAGAUAUACAGUUUAGUGCAGGAGCACGAAAAUAAACCAGCGCUGCAAAGAGAGGCUGGACAACCUGAAGCAGCAGCAGUCUACGCACAAGUAGUGAAGAAAAAAAGGAAACAACUCGCCAAUGAUUUUUUCCACCCGCAAUAUGAAUAAAUCAGUAACUUUAAACAAAGAUAUUCAGCGGUCAUGCUUUUAAGUAUCAAAUCAGAGGAAACUGAAUCAGUCGGACAAAAAAAUGGACAACUAAGAGUUACUUAUGUGGAAUCUGAGUCACUCACACUAGCACUGACAUUCAAGAAUGGAAAAUAAUCAAGAGACAGCAGAUGUAAAUUUAUCAACGGAUCAAUUAUUAAAAACUUACCUACAAAUACAGUAUGUUCACUAUGUAAACACUGGACAAUACAUCCAGAUUAUACUAGAUAGUAAAUAUUGUGAUAUAUGUGCAUCUGUUAAGAUUUUACAAUACGUACAUGUCAAUAUAAAAUGUAUUUUAUUUUAGUCUAUUGGAAAAUAGAAAUGUUUAAAAAAAACACAGAAAGGCGCAGUGUAACUGAGCAUAUAUGUUACGCAGAGUGGACAUUUUAUUUCACUUGCUAAAUCUGAGUUUUAGUCCAUUACUGCUUCAUUUACUAAUUUACCUUUUAUGGGAUUUCAUAUAUUGAUAAAGUAAACUUUUAACCUAAACAUUCCAUAUGAGAUUAUUAUUAUUAUUUUGUGCAAUGCAGACUUGGAAUAAUAAUUUUUUUUUUUUUUUUUUUUUAAAUCAUGCCUGAGCUACUCUUUAUUUAUUUAUUUAUUUAUUUAUUUAUUUAUUUAUUUAUUUAAUAGUCCUUCUUCCUGAUUCCAAAAUGUUCUAGAAUAGACUUUCAGUGCCUGGUUUUAAACAAAACCAUUUGAGAUCAUCAGGUCCAUGCACAGUUAAAGAUAA